UUUUUCACUAAGGGGCGGGCGACUUCUGUUAAGAUCUCCUGCGCCGUUGCCUCAUUUGGCAAAAUGCGUCUUUUAACAUCAGCGCAGCGUGUAAGAUGUUUGAAAUUUCGAAUACUUCUGAUUUUAUCAUCUGUUCAUGCAUCAACAGUACAUAUCCGUGGAGAAAAAGGAAAAGCGGUGAUACUUCCAUGUGUUUUUCCAAGGGAUACUCUACCAAAAGAAGUCAAUGUGAUCUGGAACAAACUGCCAGAUACCAACGUUCACGUGUUCUCAAAUGGGAAGGAUGAUCCUAAUUUACAGAAUUCUGCAUUUGUGGACCGCACCACUUUAUUCCGAGAAGAAAUACACAAAGGAAAUCUGUCUCUUCAGUUACUUGAUAUCCGUGAAUCUGAUAAAGGGGAAUAUAAAUGUUUUGUGUCCCGCACAGCUUUAUCAGAGAGAGUGACACUCACUGUUGACGAACCAGUGGUUACUAAAGAGAAAUCAUCUAAUAGCCGCAGCCCAGCACUUCAUCUACAGAUGUGUCUCCUGCUUCUCACACCUCUAUUUAACCUGACCUAAGUGAACCCGUCCACGACUUUCAACAAGACAAUUAGGAUGACUUGCAAGGGGAUUGAAGACUUUCGCAUGCCACAGCACAUACAAUUUGUGAAAAUAUCCACGGAUUUUUUCAACCUCUAACCAUACAGAGUCAUAAAGAGAGAAAGUGUGUGUCUUAAAUGGAUUUGGUGAAAGACAGAAGUUGACGUGAAGGGCUGGCUGGUCCUCCUGGAACAAUUUAAAAUUGGCUGCUAAUCAACUAUAACAUCUCCAUCCUACGAUCAUUCCAUCUUUACCAGACUGAGGAAUUGUGUUUAAUUGGAUUUUGUAAAUUGUACUUUGAAGAAGACAUCUUUACUCAUGUUGACUUCAUUAAUGUGUUCUGAUUUAGGUUUGUGUGGGGUCUCUUGAUUGAUAUUAUUUGCUACUCGCCCCAUGCUGUUUAUAGUCAUGACUGAGAAAAGAUGAAAUAAUCUUGCAAUUUCAUGGAGAUGACAAAAGAUUUUGAAGCAUUGGGCUUCAAUGGUGGUCAACGAUGAACAACAGUACACCUUUUUGAAACAUCCAUGAAAAAAUGUCAUUGUGUAGCAUAAUUCAUAAGAUGGGUUUCCAGUUGUACUCCAAUAAACACUCGUGUUUAGAACAUUGUGAGCAUACAACUGGAUAUCUGACCUUUGAAUUGUGCAACACAAGUAACAAUUGUCAUGAAUAUUUGAAUAUUGUUUAGUGAGCUUCAGCUUGGACCACCAUUGAAACUCAAUGCAUGAAUAACUUUGUGAAAUUCGGGAUAAAAAAACAUUUUCUCAGCCAUAACUAAACAGCACGUGGCAAACAAGGAGUUUCAUUUUAUUUAAUAUUUUUAUAUUUAUAUAUUUAUUUCUUCCUCUGUAAAGCGUGUGGUGAGUGACCAAAUGUCAUUUUAGAAAAGAUUUCUGUGGUUUGUGUUGUAAGUUCAUUCAAGUAAGGGCCACUUGAUAUGUAAUGGUGGAGGCUGAAGGAGUGCAGUGUUGGGUUGAUGAAUAGAUCGAUAGUUAGAACUUUAUUUCAAGUUCAAGUUCAAGCACUUUAUUGUCAUUGUGUAACACAAUGAAAUUACUAUUUGUGAGAGCCCUAAGGUGCAUUUAAAGAAAAGUCAGAUAAUUCCGAAUAUGUCAUAUACCGUGUUAAGUGAACAAGUAACCAGAGCAAAUUAUUAUUGCUCAAAGUACAGCAGCAGAAAUUGUUAUCGCACCUGUUAAUAGUACAUUACAUAUUCUAUAUUGUAUUUCAUUAGUAUAUUGUACAUUACCAAUAUAGCUUAUUGCACAUGUUCAACUAAAAAUGAUCUCAGACUGAGGAGAUUCAGAGUUCAGAAAGUUCAUGGCAGAUGGGAGAAAGCUCUUUUUUUGUCUGUUUGUACGUUCACAGAUUGACCUAAAGAGUCUUCCUGAUGGAGGAGCUCAAACCAAGAAUUUCCAGGAUGAGUUUUGUCCUCAAUGAGAAUGUUUUUGGCCCUUCUCACACAGCGAGUCUUAUACAAGAGUUCGUCUGAUGGCAGUUCAGUCCCAAUAAUGGCCUCUGCUGUUUUUACGACCUGCUGCAGGGCUUCUUUAGCAUCCUUGGUCCAGCUGUUGUAUCUGCAGGCCAUCAUGCAGUUAGUUAAGAUGCUCUCUCUCUAUAGUGCUUCUAAAGAAAUUAACCAGCAGCCUCUGGGAGAGGUCAGCUCUCCUUAGCUUCCUGAGAAAAUUGAGGCGUUGUUGUACUUUGCCUAUUAUAUUUCUCACCAUGGGAAACAUUUUUUUUUAAUUGAAGCUCUUUAAAUUAACACCUAAAUACACUACCUGUCAAUUUUUGAGACCAUACGGAUAUUUUCAUGUCUGAUAGAACUUAAUACAAUUUCUUUAAGAUACCGUAAAAUUGAUUUAAAAUACAGUGGAACCUCGGGUCACGACCAUAAUUCAUUCCAAAACUCUGGUCGCAACCCGAUUUGGUCGUGACCCGAAGUAAUUUCCCCCAUAGGAUUGUAUGUAAAUACAAUUAAUCAAUUCCGGACCGUACGAAUUGUAUGUAAUAUCCACACAGAUAUUUUCAUGUCUGAUAGAACUUAAUACAAUUCCUUUAAGAUACCAUAAAAUUGAUUUAAAAUACAGUGGAACCUCGGGUCAUGACCAUAAUUCAUUCCAAAACUCUUGUCACAACCCGAUUUGGUCGUGACCCGAAGUAAUUUCCCCCAUAGGAUUGUAUGUAAAUACAAUUAAUCCAUUCCGGACCGUACGAAUUGUAUGUAAUAUCCACACAGAUAUUUUCAUGUCUGAUAGAACUUAAUACAAUUCCUUUAAGAUACAGUAAAAUUGAUUUAAAAUACAGUGGAACCUUGGGUCACGACCAUAAUUCAUUCCAAAACUCUGGUCGCAACCGAUUUGGUCGUGACCCGAAGUAAU